AUCAUACAAUGUGUGGUCAUUCGUGUCUGGCUUCUUUCAUAUAGCAUAAUGUUAUCAAGGUUCAUCCACACUGUAGUAUCUCAUUUCUUUUUAUUAGGAAUAAUACAGUUUCACUUUAUGGAUUGCUGUGGUUUGAACCUGUCCCCUAAAGUUCAUGUGUUGGAAACUUAACCUCCAAUUCAACUGGUGAGAGGUGGGAACUUUAAGAAGUGAUUAGGUUAUGUGGGCUCUUCCCUCAUGAAUGGAUUAAUGGCAUUAUUGCAUGAGUAGGUUAGUUAUCAAGGGAGUGGACAGCUGAUAGAUAAAUGGAUGGGUUCUGCCCCCACCCCACCCCCUCUCUUGCUCUGUCUUGCCCUUCCGCUUUCUGCUGUGGGAUGAGGCAGAAAGAAGGCCCUCACCAGAUGCAGGGCCCUUGACCUUCGACUUCCAAACCUCUAGAACUGAAAGAAAGAUAUUUCUAUUCUUUAUAAAUUAUCCAGCCUUAGGCAUUCUACGAUGCAGCACAAAACAGACUAAGACAUGGAUAUGCCACUUUCAUUUCUUCAAUCAUCAGUUGACGGACAUUUGGGUUGUUUCCACUCGGGCUAUUAUGAAUAAUGCUGCUAUGAAUAUUCACGUACAAGGUUUUUGUGGAAUAUGCUUUUAUUUCUUUUGGUUACAUAUCUAGAAGGGAAAUUGCUGGAUCAUAUAACUCUAUGUUUAAACAUCUGAGGAACUGCCAGACCAUUUUCCAAAGUUAAUGAAUGAUUUUACGUUCCAACCAGCCAUGUGUGAGGGUUCCAGUCUCUCCACAUUCUCACAAAAACUUGUUAAUUAACUGUCUUUUCAGCUUUUUUUUUUUGAGUCGGAAUCUCACUCUGUCACCAGGCUGGAGUGCAGUGGCGUGAUCUCAGCUCACUGCAACCUACGCCUCCCAGGUUCAAGUGAUUCUCCUGCCUCAGCCUCCCAAGUGACUGGGAUUAUAGGCGCCUGUCACCACGCCCAGCAAAUGUUUGUAUUUUUAGUAGAGACAGGGUUUCACCAAGUUGGCCAGGCUGGUCUCAAACUCCUGACCUCAGGUGAUCCGCCCACCUCGGCCUCCCAAAGUGCUGGGAUUACAAGUGUGAGCCACUGCCUGUAAAUAUUAUCAUUUAAAAAUAUCAUUUUUAAAAAUAUUAUUUUAAAAAAAUUUUUUAAUGUUUUUUAAAUAUUAUUUUUAAAAAUAAUAAUAAUGUUAUUAUUAUUUGAGAUAGAGUCUCCAUCUGUUUCCCAGGCUGGAGUGCAGUGGUGUGAUCUCAGCUCACUGCAGCCUUCACCUGCCAGGUUCAAGUGAUUCUCCUGCCUCAGCCUCCUGAGUAGCUGGGACUACAGGCACCUGCCACCAUGCCUGGCUAAUUUUUUGUGUGUUUUUAGUAGAGACUAGGUUUCACCAUGUUCACCAGGCUGGUCUUGAACUCCUGAGCCCAGGUGAUUCGCCCACCUCAGCCUCUCAAAGUGAUGGGAUUACAGGCAUGAGCCGCCACUACUGGCGUAAUUACCUGUCUUUUUUAUUAUCACCAUCCUAAUAUGUAUGAUGUGGCACCUCGUUGUAGUUUUGAUUUGCAUUUUUCUGAGGACUAAUGAUGUUGAGGAUCUUUUCAUGUAAUUAUUGGCCAUUUAUAUAACUUCUUUGAACUGUCUAUUCAAGUCAUUUGCCCAUUUAAUUUUUUUUCUUUUUCUUUCUUUUUCUUGAGACAAGGACUCCUCUGUUGCCCAGGAGUGCAGUGGCACAAUAUCGGCUCACUGCAGCCUCCGCCUCCAUGGUUCAAGUGAUUCUCAGCCUUCCGAGUAGCUGGGACUAGAGGUGCAGGCCACCACACUCGACUAAUUUCUUUCUUUCUUUCCUUUUUUUUUUUUUUUUUUUUUUUUUGAGACUGAGUCUUGCUCUCUCGCCUAGGCUGGAGUGCAGUGGCGUGAUCUCUUCUCACUGCGACCUCCGCCUCCCGGGUUCAAGUGAUUCUCCUGUCUCAGCCUCCCGAGUAGCUGGGAUUACAGGCACAUGCCACCAUGCCCGGCUAAUUUUUGUACUUUUAGUAGAGACAGGGUUUCACCAUGUUGUCCAGACUGUUCUCAAACUCCUGACCUCAGGUGAUCCGCCCACCUCAGCCUCCCAAAGUGCUGGGAUUACAGGCGUGAGCCACCGUGCCCAGCCUAAUUCCAUUUUUAAAUUGGAUUAUUUGUCUUUUUUAUCAUUGAGUUGCAAUAGUUCUUUAUACAGUCUAGGUACAAAUCCCUUACCAGAUAUAUGAUUAGCAAAGAUUUUUACCUGCUCUGUGGGUUAUCUUCUCCUUUUCUUUUCUUUUUUAUCUUCUCUUUUUCUUAAUAAUGUCCUGUGAAUCUCCCUGACGUCUGGGUAUUUGGAAAGAAAAAGAAAAAAAUUAAAGAAUAAUGUCAUAUGAAGCGCAAGAGGUUUCAAUUUUGAUGGUGUUCAGUUUCUGUAUUUUUUUCUUUUGUUGCUUGUGCUUUUGGUGUCAUAUCUAAGAAAGCAUUGCUUAAUUCAAAGUUAUAAAGAUUCUAAGAGUCCUAACUUUUAGUUCUAUGAUUCAAUUUGAGUUAACUUUUAUAUGUGUUGUGAUAUAGGGAUCCAAAUUCAUUCUUUUGCAUGCAGAUAUUCAAUAUCUACCUUGUAUAUAUACAUAUAUUUUUUUAAUUUUUAAUUUUUUUUUUUUUUGAGACAGAGUCUCCCUCUGUCGCUGAGGCUGGAGUGCAGAGACACAAUCGCAACCCACUGCAACCUCUGCCUCCCAGGUUCAAGGGAUUCUUGUGCCUCAGCCUCUCGAGUAGCUGGGAUUAGAGGUGUGUGUCACUAUGUCCAGCUAAUUUUUGUAUUUUUAGUAGAGACAGUGUUCUGCCAUGUUGGCUGGGCUGGUCUCGAACUCCUUGCCUCAGGUAAUCCGCCCACCUUGGCUUCCCAAAGUGCUGGGAUUAUAGGAGUGAGCUACCUCGCCCUGCCUAUUGUAUAAUUUUUUAUUGAGAGUGCUAUGGUUUGAACAUCCCCUCCAACUCAUGUUGAAAUUUAAUUGCCAUUGUAACAAUAUUAAGAGAUGAGGCCUUUACGAGGUGAUUAGGUCAUGAAAGUUCUGUCCUCAUGAGUGGAUUAAUGCCAUUAUCAUGGGAAUGAGUUAGUUAUCACAGGGGUAGGCUCCUGAUACAAGGAUAAAUUCAGUGCUAUUUCUCUCUGUGUCUCACGUCUCACAAGAUUGCAUGCCUGAUAUGGUUUGGCUCUGUGUCCCCACCCAAAUCUUGUCUCAAAUUGUAAUCCCCACAUGUUGGGGGAAUGGCCUGGUGGGAGGUGACUGAAUCAUGGGGGUGGACUUCCCCCUUGCUAUUCUCAUGAUCGAAUUCUCAGGAGAUCUGGUUGUUUGAUAAGUGUGUGGCUCUUCCUCUUUGCUCUCCCUUUCUCUUCUGCUGCCAUGUAAGAUGUGCCUUGCUUCCCCUUCACCUUCUGCCAUUAUUGUAAGUUUCCUGAGGCCUCCCCAGCCAUGUAAGUCAAUUAAACUUUUUUUUUUUUUUUUUUGAGACCGAGUUUCAAUCUGUCACCGAAGCUGGAGUGCAGUAGCUCUGUCUCAGCUCACUGCAACCUCUGCCUCCCAGGUUCAAACAAUUAUCCUGCCUCAGCCUCCUGAAUAGCUGGGAUUACAGGUGCCUGCCACCAUAGCCAGCUAAAUUUUUUGUAGAGACAGGGUUUUACCGUUGGCCAGGCUGGUCUCAAACUCUGUAUCUCAAGUGAUCUGCCCACCUUGCCUCCCAAAGUGCUGGGACUACAGGCGUGAGCCACUGCGCCUGGCCUCUUUUUUUUCUUUCUUUCUUUUUUUUUUUAAAAUAAAUUACCCAGUCUCAGGUAGUUCCUUACAGCAGUGUGAAAACCAGACUAAUACAAAGCACUUUCACCUUCUGCCAUGGAUGACCCUUGAUGCUGGUGCCAUGCUGUUGGACCUCUAAGCCUACAGAACUGUGAGCCAAAUAAAUCUCCUUUCUUUAUAAAUUACCCAAUCUGUGGCAUGGUUAUAGCAGCAGAAAAUAGACUACACCAGAAUAUAGAAUAUAUCAAGAGUAUAGAAACACAACUGACUUCUCUGUAUUGAUUUUGUUGUUACAGCUUUGCAGAAUUUGUUUAUUAGCUCUAACAAAGUUUUUUUCAUAGAUUCUUUAGGAUUUUCUAUAAAAUCACCUCAUCUAUAAAUGGAGAUAGUUUUACUUCUUCCUUUCUGAUUUGCUUGCUUUUUAUUUUUCCUUGCCUCAUGGCAAGAGCUUCCAGGCAAGAACUGGUGAGAGCUUCCAGUACAAGGCUGAAUAGAUGUGGCAAAAGUGGGCAUCCCUUUCUUGUUUCUGAUCUUAGAGGAAAAGCUUUUAUUCUCUCACCAUUGAGUAUGAUGUUGGCAGUGGGUUUUUUCAUAGAUGCCCUUUAUCACGUUAAUUGAGUUUCCUUCUAUUCCUAGUUUGCUGAGUAUUUUUAUGAUGAAGGGUGCUGAAUUUUGUCAAAUGCUGGUUUUACACCGAUUGAAAUAAUAAUGUUUUCCUUUAUUGUAUUGAUGUAGUGUAUUAAUUGAUUUUCAUAAGUUAAGCUAACCGUACAUUCCUGGGAUAAAUCCCACCUGGUUAUCCUUUUUAUAUAUUUCUGAAUUUUAUUUGCCAGUAUUUUCUUGAGGAUUUUUAUGUCUAUAUUCAUAAGAGAUAUUAGUCUCUAGUUUUCUUGUGAUGUCUUUGUCUGAUUUUGAUAGUAGGGUAAUACUGGCCUCAGAAUAAGUUGGGAGGUUUUCACUGUCAUGACUUUUAUAACCUAAUUAUAAGUAAUUCUUGCCAGGUACGGUGGCUCAUGCAUGUAAUCCCAGCACUUUGGGAGGCUGAGGUGGGUGGAUCACCUAAGGUCAGGAGUUCGAGACCAGCCUGGCCAACAUGGCAAAACCCCAUCUCUACUAAAAUUACAAAAUUUAGCCAGAUGUGGUGGCCGUAUGUGUAAUCCCAGCUACUUGGGAGGCUGAGGCACGAGAAUCACUUGAACCCAGGAGGCAGAGGUUGCAGUGAGCCGAGAUCGUGCCACUGCACUCCAGCCUGGGUGAUAGAGCAAGACUCUGUCAAAAAAAGAAAGAAAGAGAGAGGAAAGAAAGAAAGAGAAUGAGAGAAAGAGAGAAAGAAAGAAACUCCUAUAGUAUUCCACAGGUCACAUAGACCAACCCUGGUGCAUUGUGGGAAGGGACUAAAAAGGGUGUGAACACCAGGAGUAGGAUCACUGAGAACUAUCUCAGCAGAUGGCUGCCAUAGCCACCAACUGACUAACAGUCACUGAACACUUACCAUGUGCCAGACAUUGUGCUAAGCUCUUCACUUGGCUUAUCUCCUUGAAUCUUCCCAGCAACCUUAUGAGGUAAGUAGGUGCUGUUAUUAUUGCCAUGUUACAGAUGAAGAAAUUGAGAUACAGAGAUUAGAUUCACCAAACUGCCCAAACUCCCACAGCUAUUAACUGGUGGAACCAGGAAUCAAACUCAGUAGGGUGUGCAUAUAAUAUACUUUGGGUGGUUGUUGUUGUUGUUGUUGUUGUUGUUUUGAGACAGGGUUUCACUCUUUCACCCAGGCUGGAGUGCAGUGGCAUGAUCUCGGCUCACUGCAACCUCUGCCUCCUGGGUUCAAGCGAUUCUCCUGCCUCAGUCUCCUAAGUAGCUGGGAUUACAGGUGUGCACCACCAUACCCGGCUAAUUUUUGUAUUUUUAGUAGAAUAAUUUUUGUAUUUUUAGUUUCACCAUGUUGGCCAGGCUGGUCUCGAACUCCUGACCUCAACUGAUCCACUACCCUUGCCCUCCCAAAGUGCUGGGAUUACAGGCGUGAGCCACCGCGUCUGGCUUUUUUUUUUUUUUUUUUUUUUUUUUUUUUUUUAAAGAGACAUGGUCUUGCUCUGUUGCCCAGGCUGGAGUGCAGAGGUGUCACCAUAGCUCACUGCAGCUUCAACCUCCUGGGCUCAAGUGAUCUUCCCACUUAAGCAUCCUGAGUAGCUGGGACCACAGGCGCCCACCACCAAGUCUGGCUAAAUUUUAAUUUUUUUUUGUAGAGAUGGGGGUCUCGCUUUGUUGCCCAGGCUGAUCCCUAACUCCUGGCCUCAAGCAGUCCUCCCGCCUUGGCCUCCCAAAGUGUUGGGAUUACAGGCGUGAGCCACUGCGCUCAGUCUGUGUAUCCUGAUUACUAAAUUUUGGGGUGUCUCCUUAAAUUCUGUGCCAGAAGCCAGUGCCUCACUCGCCCUACCCUAAUUCCACCCAUCCCGGUGACCCAAUGUCCCCGUUCAACCUGCACCAUGGCGCUUCCCAGCCCCGCUCCUAGCGCCUCCUCCCGCCCCUAGGGGUCGCCGUCGCGCCGUCAUUCCCUUCCUUCGAUUCCCGGGCGAGACGCGCAAAAGGUGGGAGGAGGAGAGGCCCGCGCGUGUGCAUGCGCAUGGCGCGGACUCUCUCAUCCUGGUCAGGGAGUGGAGGGGUUGGGUCUCAGGCAGCUGUUAGCGGAGUCCUCAGUGUCUCGGUCGUUUCUCCCUGUCUUGGUGAGGGCCAGGGGACAGGUCGGGGCAGUAUUUGGGGGAAGCGAGAGACAAGCAGGGCGGGCUGGAUACGGAGCGCCCUAUGACUGAGGUUAGGGAGGACGCCCGAGACCCCCGGUAUCCUAGUCCUGGGCCGUGGGCUCCGGACGCCGAGCCAGGACGCCUCCAGCUCCCAGGGUCCCUUGCGGGGACCACGUUUCCCCACAGGCCCCGCGGCUGCCGGGUCCUCGCCACGUCCCCUUCCCGGAGCUACGCGCCCGGCUGGGUUCCGAUCCGCCGUGUCUCUCGGGGGCGGCUCGCGGGGCAGGGGCGCUCCCGGCUCGGCCGCACGCCCAAGUGUCAUGCGGGAGGUACGCGGGCACGGGACCUCACCGGAGAGAAUGAUGGCUCUGGGAUCUGAAAUCUUUCCUUCCGCAGGAACUGGACACGGCAGUGAGGACCAGCGUAUCCAAGAGGAUGGACUUAGUGAUGGGGAACACCCAGGGACAUGCCCGAGAGCCUCAAGAAACAUCUUCAGAUGACAUUGCCCAGCGUCUUACAUUAGAGAACUCUCCAGACAGCCCCCGAGGCCUGGGGCCGGGUGCUGCUCCCAGACUGUGAGCUCGUGGCCACGGGAAGCCUGAGUGCGGCAGAGGCCCCACAGCUGCGCCAAGUGCGGCAAAGCCUCCCGUACAGUUACUCCCUGAGCGGUCAUCUCCGAAGCCCUGCUCAUGAGAAGCCUCCCCUUUGCCCUGACUGUGGAAAGCGUUUCAGCCAGAGCUCCUUCCUGCUGCAGCACCGGCAGAUUCACCCAGGGCCGUCAGCCCUGCAAGUGCAAGGCCUGCGGGAGGGGUUUUACUCAGAGCGCAUUCCUCCUCCAGCACUGGCGGGUCCACAGCGACUGACGAGAGACCUUGUCGCUGUCCCCAGUGCGGCAAGACCUGCUGUGGCCGCUCCAACCUCAUCAAGCACCAGCGAGUCCACUCGGGAGAAGCCAUUCGUCUGCGGGAGUGCGGCAAGGGUUUAGCGGCCAGCUCUGCUGCUGGCUCACCAAGGUGCACACACUGGCCGAAGCCCUGCGUCUGUCCCCAGUACCAGCAGGUUUUUGGGGACCGGUGGAAGCUGAUCGGCCACCAGCGAAUUCACACAGGAGGUGUCCCUUCUGCUGCUGCAGCUGCGGUGACAGUGUCAAUGAGAAGACCUCCCUCUCCCAGCGCGUCCUUCCGCACCCAGGGGAGAAGACCUGCAGGGGUGGGAGCGUGGAGAGCGUCAGCCUCGCACCCAGCUCAGUCGCCCCGGACAGCACCUCCGGGCUCCGGCCCUGUGGGAGCCCCGGGUCCUUCCUUCAACAUCUGCCCCCAUCCACACUCCUGCCCCGACCUCCCUUCCUUUAUCCUGGCCCCCCACUCAGUCUCCAGCCUCUGGUUCCAUCCGGCCUUCCUGCAGUGCCUGCAGUGCCUCCGGGAGGCCUGGAAGUUGCCCAGGUUCCGCCAGCCACCCAGCCGGCAGCUCAGCAGGAGGGGGCGAUGGGGCCCAGAAGCUGUGCGAGCGCGGGACGGGACUCGCGGGAGGCGGUUCAGGCCCCAGGCUACCCUGAGCCAGCCCGGAAGGCCUCGCAGCACAGAGCGGCCCGACCGCUCGGCGAGGCCAGGGCCAGGCUUCAGCGACAGUGCCGAGCUCCUCCGCCGCCCUCGAACCCACACUGGAGAGGAGCCCUACCAGUGUUUCCGGUGUGGAAGGCCUCCAGCCGGAGGUCCAACCUGGCCCGACACUGAAGAACCAGCGUGCUGCAGCCCUGGGUGGAAUUGUUGCAGCCGCCGGUGGACUGUGGAUCUGAGAUGCAGUCCCCUCCCUCCACACAGACCCGCUCAGGACGGCUUUUCUGUAUGGCAGAUCUUUCUCAGAAGUGCUGGGGGCUAUUUUGUUUGUUUUUUUCCCCUGAAUUCUCACUCCUUUCCCUUAUACAUUAAGGGAUUUAGGCAGGUGCGGCUGCGGGCGGUGACUCACACCUGUAAUCCCAGCGCUUUAAGAGACCGAGGUGGGAGGAUCGCGUGAGCCCGAAGAAUUUGAGACUAGCCUGGGCAGCCUAGCGAGACCGCAUCUCUGUGAAAUAAAAAUAAAACGAGCUGGUGUGGUGGCGCUGGCCUGUAGUCCCAGCUACUCAGGAGGGCGAGGCGGAAGGAUCGCUUGAGUUGGAGAGUUCAAGGCUGCAGUGAGCUAUGAUCAGGCCACUGCACCCCAGCGUGAGAGACAGAGUGAGACCCUGUCUCUCUAAAAUAACUAAAAUAACAAAAGGAUUUAGGUAGGUAGUAGGCAAAGGUAUAUUAUCGAAGUAACAAUAUACAAGGUAUAUUCUUGGUGUGGACAGGAAUAAUAUUGUGUUAUCUUAAUAUUAGUGAUUAAUAUUAUUUCUCUCUCCUUUUUUUUUUCUUGAGACGGAAUCGUGCUCUUUUGCCUAGGCUGCAGUGCAGUGGCAUGAUCUCUGCUCACUGCAACCUCCAUCUCCCGGGUUCAAGCGAUUCUUCUACCUCAGCCUCCUGAGUAGCUGGGAUUACAGGCGCCCACCACCACGCCCAGCUAAUUUUUGUAUUUUUAGUGGAGAGGGGGUUUGACCAUGCUGGCCAGGCUGGUCUCGAACUCCUGACCUCAGGUGAUCCGCCCACCUCAGCCUCCCAAAGUGCUGGGAUUAUAGGCAUGAGCCACCGCACCCAGCCUCUCUUGUGCUUUUUAGAUAAGUAUUUUUAAACGUGUUUGUUGGUUGUCGGCUGGGCGCGGUGGCUCACGCCUGUAAUCCCAGCACUUUGGGAGGCGGAGGAGGGCGGAUCACGAGGUCAGGAGAUCGAGACCAUCCUGGCUAACACGGUGAUACCCCGUCCCUACUAAAAAAAAUACAAAAAAAUUAGCCGGGCAUGGUGGCGGGCUCCUGUAGUCCCAGCCAAGCUGGAGGCUGAGGCGGGAGAAUGGCGAAUGGCGUGAACCCGGGAGGCGGAGCUUGCAGUGAGCCGAGAUCGCGCCACUGCACUCCAGCCUGGGCGACAGCGAGACUCCGAAUCAAAAAAAAAAAAAAAAAAAAGUUUGUUGGUUGUCUUAACGAUGUGCUAUUAGAGUGAGGAAAAAAAGUUACCCUAUGAGAAUUUAAACUGCAUGAACGUCUGUGGUAGCAUUACUGGUUCGGUUCCAAGCUUGCUACCUCAAUCCUUGAUGCCUCUUUCUCCCAAUCCAAGUAGUAUCAGGCACUGCCGUCUACUUGUUGUACCUCAGAAGAGUUUUUCGACAGCACCCCGUGCCCUCUGUGGCCUGUGCUCUCUCACAGGUGCAAGUCCUGUCAUCAUGAGCCUGGACUGUUGCAGAAGACUCCUAGCCAAUCUCCCCUGCUUCCUGCCUCUGCAUUCUGGUUCAGCAUCCAUAGAACCUACCAGUUAUUAUAGAUUCCUCCCUCAGACUCCAGACUCCAACACUAAAUCUGAUGUCAGUCUCCUGCCCGAAAGGAUCUCCUGCCUGCCACUCCCACCCCUCCACCCCCUCCACUGACCCCAGCAGGGCCUACAGAACAGGGUUCAAAUGCUUUAGCAUGGCAUGCAUGCUUCUCCAUUGGGCUUCGCCUGACCUCUGUGCCUUUGCUGGCCAGGGCCUCCUGCACCUCUGUGUCUUUGCACUUGAUUUAUUUCUUUCCACUGCCCAAAAUGACCUUUCCCCUUUUCUGUCUCCCAGACUUGCCCUACUCAUUCAUAUGAGCCCCACUUCCACUUAGAGACUGCCCCACCUCUCGUGUCACACCUGAUGUGGUGAGUGCUCCAGUGGCAUUAAGAACAUAGGGCAUGUCUGUCUGGUAACCUGUCUAUCUCCCCAGCAGACUGAGCUCCACGAGAGCAGAGACCCUGGUGCAGGGCCUGGCUCACAGUGGGUGCUCAAUUAAUAUUACUUAUGUGAAGGAACCACUUCCAGCUGCUCAAGUAUUCUAUGCUAAAACUUGGGUUUCUUUCAUCCUUGUUGUCCUCCCAAGAUACAAUGUGUACAUAAUUGGAAAGUUAGCCAAGGUGACUAUGAAGGUGACCCCACCCAAUCAAUCUAUGUCUUCCUGGUUAUUGUGCCUGUCAUUCGAUGAUUCCAUGGUUAUGUCUAUAGUGAUAACAGAAAAAAGCAACUGAAAACAAUAUUAUUUACUCGGGUCUCGUGCAUCUCCUCCACACAUUUGUAGAAAUGAGAUUACCACAAAUUGCCAAGACGGUUACAUCAAAUUUUCAGCAGCAUCAGUCAUAGGACAAAAAGGCCUUUGAGUGUAUUUUUAAUAAUCAGCAUUUACUGGUGGCAAAAUACUGGUUUAGAAAAUAUCUGAGAUUAUGGUCAGGCACGGUAGCUCACGCUGGUAAUCCCAACACUUUGGGAGGCUGAGGCAGAUGGAUCACCUGAAGUCAGGAGUUCAAGACCAGUCUGGCCAUAAUUUCAGAUGGUGAGAUUAUAGUGAAACCCCAUCUCUACUAAAAAUGCAAAAAUUAGCUGGGCGUGAUGGCGCACAUCUACAAUUCCAGCUACUCAGGAGGCUGAGGCUGCAGUGAGCUGAGAUCGCACCACUGCACUCUAGCCUGGGCGACACAGUGAGACUCCGUCUAAAAAAAAAAUCUGAGAUUAAUAGGUUGCCAUUUUAGGAGCUCUUUAUAGACCAGCUGGCCUAGUGGUCCUGGUUCCGUAAUAUGUGAAGUAAAGGUCUCGCAGGGGAGCACCAGUUUCAAACUCUGUCCUAGUUUGCAGCCUUGGCUGGAGUGACCCCAGUCAUGAGGCAAACUGAGCACAAGUGUGCAAGUGUCAUGGAUUCAGCCAGAACAUCAGUGUUCCCAGCAUCAGACACAGAUUCGGGAGAAAUCAAGUCACAGUGUAGAGAUGUAUUGUGAUGUGUCACUACACUAUUAUGAAAUGGAAGAAAAUAAAAUUACAGCCUCAACCUUUAAA